AUGGCGAGAGGAGAGUGGUCAUUCUGGAGAUCGACGAGAUUGCAACGGAGCCGCGUGCAAGAUACUACGGUCUUACGGACGAGAUUUUGGGCCUGUGCGUGCAGCACACCCCUCCCAAGAGUACGAAGUUCGACCUUGACAACCUUGAAGACCUUUCCGGCCGGCUCAACGAGGGGCACUCGCACAGUGGGAGCGAACACACCGUCAUCUCCGCUUGCGCUAUUUGAAAAAAAUUCGCACCACGCGAUACCAGUCGUGGCGUCCGCCAGCUGCAAGGCGCGUAACCCAGGGCAGCAGCAAGUCGUCUUUGAAACGAUACUGGGAGUGUGGAACGAUCGGUUCGCUCCCACCAUCGGCCCCAUCGUGCUCGUGGCUUCAGAUGGGGACGGCGUGAGGCGUCGGUUGCUCUACAACUUCACCAGCAGUGUCACGUCCGAGAAAUUCGCUGAGUUCGACCUCCUCGACGCCACGACUAGCGAGCACGGCGUGGUACAGUGCUUCGAUCUGAAGCACAACCUGAAGCGGCUUCGCACGAGGGACAUUUCGAAGAGAGGGGUGAAGAUACCGGCGGGCGCACUUCCGCUUUACUGUGACAGCUUUCCACAGCUAUUUCAGUGGUACGACUGCAAACCGAACGAGACAUACAGGACCUUGCUCAACCCGGACGCCAUUGAAUAG